AUGCACUUCCUAGGACUCAUUGUUGCUUUCGCCCCUGCGGCUCUUGCCCAGUCUGCUAUCUGGGGACAGUGUGGUGGUCAGGGAUGGUCUGGCGCUACGACCUGCCAAUCUGGCUUGAAGUGUGAGAAGAUCAACGACUUCUACUUCCAGUGUAUUCCCGGAAGUGACAACGGCGGCGGCACCCCCGAGCCUACGAACCCUUCUCCUGGUACUGGAGAUGCUACUGGUCUUGACGCCAAGAUCAGGGCCAAGGGAAAGGUAUACUUCGGUUCCGAGAUCGACCACUACCAUCUCAGCAACAACCCUCUCAUCAACAUUGUCAAGAAGGACUUUGGUCAGGUCACCAACGAGAACAGUAUGAAGUGGGAUGCAAUUGAGCCUUCUCGCGGUCAGUUCACUUUCAGCAACGCUGACAAGGUCGUCGACUUUGCCCAAGCCAACGGCAAGAAGAUCCGUGGCCACACUCUUCUUUGGCACUCUCAACUCCCCCAGUGGGUCAAGAACAUCCGUGACCGCGCCACCAUGACCGCCGUCAUCGAGAACCACGUCAAGACCAUGGUCACCCGCUACAAGGGCAAGAUCCUCCACUGGGACGUUGUCAACGAGAUCUUCGCCGAGGACGGUAACAUGCGAAACAGUGAGUUCUACCAGGUCCUCGGCGAGGACUUUGUCGGUAUUGCUUUCCGCGCCGCCCGCGCCGCCGACCCUGCUGCCAAGCUCUACAUCAACGACUACAACCUCGAUAUCGCCAACUACGCCAAGGUCACCCGCGGAAUGGUUGACCACGUCAACAAGUGGGUGUCUCAGGGCAUUCCCAUUGAUGGUAUCGGUUCUCAGGCUCAUCUUGCCCGUCCUGGUGGCUGGAACCCUGCUUCUGGUUUCCCUGCUGCUCUCAAGGUUCUCGCUGGUGCCAACGUCAAGGAGGUUGCCAUCACAGAGCUUGACAUUGAGGGCGGUGGUGCUAGUGACUACGUCACUGUUGUCAACUCUUGUCUCACAACUCCCAAGUGUGUUGGUAUCACUGUCUGGGGUGUUUCUGACAAGGACUCGUGGCGACCCGGUACUAACCCUCUUCUCUUCGACGGCAACUACCAGCCCAAGGCUGCUUACACUGCUGUGAGCAACGCUCUUAACUAA